GGCACCUGGUAACACUGAGAUAAACAAUCCCGAAUUCCCAAACGCCCGCAACUCGCGCUUCCGACUAUAACCACGAUACCAAAUUGACUAUAAAUAAUCGCGACUAUAUAUAUUUAUCCCCCGGAGAGAGAUUUCAUUGAGUUGAAGGCGAACGUUGGAGAUUUGAAGUGCAAUAACUUGUUUAUGUUUACAUAAGAAGGCAGCUAAAGCCAACAAGAACAACAACAACUAGAAGAAUGUCGAGCACGCUACAAGAAGGAAUCCUGGUCGGUUGCGGCAAUCCGCUGCUGGACAUCUCCGCCGUCGUUCCGCUGGACUUUCUGCAGAGAUACUCGAUGAACGAGGACGAUGCGAUCCUGGCCGAGGACCGACACAUGCCCAUUUACGGGGAGCUGGUUGAAGGCUUCCGGGCGGAAUUCCUGGCUGGCGGAUCCGUGCAGAACUCGCUGAGGAUCGCCCAGUGGAUCCUGAAACAACCCAAGGUGGCUGUCUUCUUCGGCUGCGUUGGUGAGGAUAAGUACGCUGAUAUACUAAAGGAGAAGGCCAGUGCCGCCGGACUGGAUGUCCACUACCAGGUGAAAAGGGACGUGCCCACGGGCACCUGUGCCGUCCUGAUCACCGGCACCCAUCGAUCGCUCUGCGCUAAUUUGGCGGCGGCCAAUAACUUCACCAUCGAUCACCUGGAAGAUCCUGGCAACAAGGCUCUUGUGGAGAAUGCCCAGUACUACUAUAUUUCGGGCUUUUUCCUCACCGUGAACCCACCGAGCAUCAUGCAGGUGGCGGCCACCGCCCAUGCCAAGCAGCGACCUUUCCUAAUGAACCUCAGCGCACCAUUUAUAUCACAAUUCUACAUGGCACCGCUGCUGGCCGUCCUGCCCUAUGUGGACAUCAUCUUCGGCAAUGAGGCUGAGGCCCAGGCCUUCGCCGAGAAACAGAAUUGGCCCAGCGGGGAUCUGCGCGAGAUUGGCAAGCGACUGGUGGCGAUGGACAAACUGAAUCCGGCGCGGCCGCGCAUUGCCAUACUCACGCAGGGCUGCGAUCCCGUCCUGCUCAUCCAGCAGGAUUCGGUGCAGGAGUUCCCGGUCACAAAAUUGGCGGUGCAUGAGAUUGUCGAUACCAAUGGCGCUGGGGAUGCAUUCGUUGGAGGUUUCCUGUCGCAGUUUGUGCAGGGCAAGUCGCUGGACGUCUGCAUUCGGUGUGGCAACUAUGCGGCCGGGCACAUCAUCAAGAAUCCGGGAUGCACAUACUCCGGCGAGCCGGAGUUCGUCGAGUAAAUCAGGAUGCGGAAGCUACAGAGAAACCUUACAGCGCAGCAAGAUUUGCAAUUGUUAAUUAAGUAAAUGAGAGUGACUAAGACAUUUUGUUAACACUGAUAAUUGUUUGUACAUAUAACCCACACACUCAGACACAUACUAAAGCAUACACACAUGUGGAAUGACAUGAACAAAUAGCGAGAGUGAGGCUUGUGUCUUAUAGAUAGAGCAAUAUUCGAAUUUAAAUUGAUAAUAAAACAAAAGUGACACACGCGAGCGAAACACAAAAGUCAACAGUUUGCACAACUUUAAA